CCAAACCCUGAACAUACAAGGAUGUUUAAAAUCGCGUCUGUAAGUGUCACGCUACACCAUCAGCAGUGGGAAUAAGUGGAUGUAAGGCAGCAGCUCGCGCCCGCCCUCCUGUUUUCGCAUCUCAUUAAGUGAGUCCCGUUGUAGGUGAAGCUGCCUCUCUCUGCCAGACUGAAGCAGGUGUCCAACAUGGCGAACGCUGGCAGCGGCUCUCUCGCGACUAUUCUCUUUCUCUUCAUCUUCCAAGCGGCUCUUCUCAAAGGAGCUGCACAGGACCCAGUUGUGAGUCAAAACCUGGUGACGGACAAUGUGGCUGUGGUGGAAGGAGAGACGGCAAUCAUUAGCUGUCGGGUGAAGAACAAUGACGACUCUGUUAUCCAGCUGCUCAACCCCAACAGACAGACGAUUUACUUCAGAGACAUGAGACCUCUGAAAGACGCUCGAUUUCAGCUGGUGAACUUCUCGGAGAACGAGCUGCGGGUGUCGCUGUCUAAUGUCUCGCUGUCGGACGAGGGUCGAUAUGUCUGCCAGCUCUACACAGACCCCCCGCAGGAGGCCUACGCCGACAUCACAGUGCUAAUUCCCCCUGGUAACCCCAUCAUCGAGGCCAGGGAGGAGGUGCUCAGCGAGGGCAACAAGACGGAGAUGACCUGCUCCGCCAUGAGCAGUAAGCCCGCUGCCACCAUCAGAUGGAUGAAGGGGAAUAAAGAGCUUGCAGGAAAGCCCAGAGUAGAGCUGACCUACGACAAGAUGUACACAGUAACCAGUCGGGUGGCGUUCACUGUCAGUAAGGAGGACGAUGGUGUUCCGGUGAUUUGCAUUGUGGAUCACCCUGCAGUCAAGGACUUCCGAGCACACAAAUACCUGGAAGUGCAAUACAAGCCAGAGGUAAAAAUCGUGGUGGAAUUUCCUCAGGGGUUGACGAGGGAAGGAGAGAAUUUGGAGCUGACGUGUCAAGCCAAAGGCAAACCUCAACCUCAGCGGGUGAAUUGGUUGAAGGUGGAUGAUGACGUACCGUCCCAUGCUGUCAUAACAGGAGGUGAUCUUUACAUUGAGAAUCUAAACAAGUCCUACAACGGGACCUACCGGUGUGUGGCGUCCAACCCUCUGGGGGAGUCGUAUGACGACUACGUCCUCUAUGUCUAUGAUGCUCCCACCACCACCCUUAUACCCACCUCAGCUAUCAUCACCACCACCUCCACCAUCACCACCUCCUCCUCCAACCCUGAAGGCAAUCAAGACACUGCGCCCAGCACUGAACCUGCAGCUCAUGACUCACGAGCUGGAGAAGGAGCGCCCAGAACGGUGGACCAUGCAGUUAUUGGAGGAGUUGUGGCCGUGGUCGUCUUCGCCAUGCUCUGCCUCCUCAUCGUAUUGGGUCGCUACUUUGCGAGACACAAAGGUACCUACUUCACACACGAAGCCAAAGGAGCAGAUGAUGCGGCGGACGCAGACACAGCCAUCAUUAACGCCGAGGGCGGCCACACCAACUCCGACGAGAAGAAGGAGUACUACAUCUAAUCAAAACGGGACCCUUCACUCCAGCGCCCACACCCCUGUCACCUCGGGACGUUGGAGCGGUUUUUUGGGGGAGGGGUUUGAUGGCGAGCUUUUAGCGAGAGCGGAGGGGUCGAGAGGUCAAUGGCGAGGUUUUUAAAGAAAGGCCUGGUUUUAAGCCGUUGUUUAGUCUAGUCUGCAGAUGUAGAUGGAAUGUUUUGUGUGUUUAAAAUAUAAAACAAUGAAAAAAGGAUAAAUAAAAAUCAGUUUUUCAGUAAAGCAAGUCGAGGCAGGGUUGGGGUGGGUGGGAGGGAGGGUGCACCAGACGUUGCCAGUAAUCACUGUAGAGAGCUUCACCAUUAAACACCUCCCUAACUGCUGGUACGGAUUUUAUUUAGCUCCACCAUUUGCAGAAAAUUCUGUGCCUUGUUCUGAAUUUUUUGUUUUGUUGUGUUCUCUCCACACUUUGCAUCUGUGUUGAUUGCCAUUUGCAUAACCUCAUUGCACCCCCUUUAGUUUUUCUCUCCCCCCUUGCAUUUUCUCUCUUCCACUCGUUAUUAUUAUCAGAGCGCUGUUGGCUUUUGUAUGAGGGUAAAAUUACACAGCCACUUUAUUCAUUCCUCUAAAUGUGUCUGCACACACACAUCCUCUCCUGCAUAACAAAAACUCUUUCCAGUAUACUGUGAUUUUUGUCUCAAGCCAUUUUCUUUUCUUUUGUCCCACAAAUUCAAAACAAAAACAAAGAUGCAUGGAUUGCUUCGUUGUACAAAAGGACAUAAAUGACCCCCGGGUUUGUUGUAUUGGACUCUCCUCCACCAACCGCCCCAAAAACUAACAAAAAGGAGAAUAAGGAAAGAUUUUCCCCGUUUUAUCAGGCCAACUUUGUUUUUAAAUACAUUUUUAGCCCAAUUAGUUUCCACCUCAGCUUAGAAAUACAUAAAUUUUAUUAUUUUGCAUUUGCAGCAUCAUUUGUCUCCUAUUUGUGUGAUUGGAAGGCCUGUAUCCACCAGCUUUCAUUACGUUCUAAUGAUGAGUUCUGGUUUAUUUGCUUCCCCUCUCAAACUAGAGUUUUAUUUUCCCGAACAACGAGAAAAUGAGAAAAUGUAAAUUGGUUUGUAUCUGUUUUUUAGGCCUCAGUAUUGUAAUUAUGUUGGGCAAAAAACCCAAAUAAAAUUUGGUUUUAUUAUUGGC